UUCGGGAUGGUCUGCCUCUCGUUACGCUCCCAGCAGUCUGUGUGACUGUUAUUGAUGCUUUUUUCUCUCUCCAUUUCCAUGGUAACUGUCCUGUCCAAGAUCUGAUCUGCGGCGAGAAAGGCUCGGCGUGUGAGAAUGGAGCUGGAGGAGAAAAACCCGGACCCCAAAUACGGGGAGUCCAGGAAGUUUGACCCAAACUUCAAAGGACCGAUUCACAACAGGGGUUGCACAGAUAUCCUCUGCUGUAUUCUCUUCAUCAUAGCUCUGUUGGGCUACUUUGCUGUGGGCAUUCUAGCUUGGUCCCAGGGUGACCCAAGAAAAGUCAUCUAUCCCACAGACAGCAAGGGGCAGUUCUGUGGACAGGCAGGAACACCUCUGGAGAAGAAGCCUCUGCUGUUCUACUUCAACAUCCUGAAAUGUGCCAGUCCUCUGGUGCUGCUGGAGUUCCAGUGUCCCACCACACAGCUAUGUGUGGAAAGCUGUCCCAACAGGCACCUUACUUUGGUGAAAGCCAAGUUAGGCCUAAGCAAAGAAGACCAAGACUACUACAAACAAUACUGCAAAGAAGGAGUGGACUUCUCCAAAACGAGCGCUCCGGAGAUCCUGAGAGAUGGCUUGUGUCCUUCCAUGCUCAUGCCCAGUAAAGCCUUCACGCGGCGCUGCCUCCCUGCGCUGGGAACGAUGAAAGGUGGGGUGGUGGUGGUGGGCAACGAGACCACUUUUGAUGAUGGAGAGGGUGCCAAUGUCAAUGCCACAGAGCUGCUUGAGGCAUCAAAGAAGUCAAAUGUGGUUGUUGAAGCUCGCCAGGUGGCAAUGAGGAUCUUUGAAGACUACACUCAGUCUUGGUAUUGGAUACUGCUAGGUCUGGUGAUAGCCAUGGUCGUCAGCCUGAUUUUCAUCGUCCUGUUGCGGUUCUUGGCUGGGAUCAUGAUCUGGGUCAUGAUUAUCCUGGUUAUUCUGGUCAUUGGAUAUGGUAUUUUCCACUGUUACAUGGAGUUUGCCAGUCUGAAGGGAGAGCCUGGAGCUGAUGUCACCAUCCGUGACCUGGGCCUGCAGACCGACUUCUCUAUAUACCUGCAGAUCAGACAGACCUGGCUGGCCUUCAUGAUCAUCCUGGCCAUUGUGGAGGUGAUCAUCAUCCUGCUGCUCAUCUUCCUCAGGAAGAGAAUCCUCAUUGCCAUUGCCCUCAUCAAAGAAGCCAGCAGAGCUGUUGGUCAUGUGAUGUCAUCGCUGUUCUACCCGCUACUGACCUUUGCCCUCCUGGCCGUGGUGAUUGCUUACUGGGCCAUCACUGCAGUUUUCUUGUCCACCUCUAACGAGCAGGUCUAUAAAGUAUUCAACACCUCUGAGUGUGAAUACGCAAGAGAGACCUGCGACCCCAAGACGUUCAACACCUCCAACAUUUCAGCCCAGUGUCCUGAUGCAGAGUGCCUGUUUGCCUUCUACGGUGGCGAGACCCUCUACCACAAAUACCUCAUCUUGUUCCAGUUCUACAAUGUCUUCCUCUUCUUCUGGUGCGCCAACUUUGUGACUGCACUGGGCCAGGUCACUCUGGCAGGGGCCUUUGCCUCUUAUUACUGGGCCUUCAAGAAGCCAGACGAUAUCCCUGCCUACCCCAUCUUCUCCUCCCUGGGUCGGGCUCUCAGAUACCACACAGGCUCCCUGGCCUUUGGCUCUCUGAUCCUGUCUCUGGUCCAGGUCAUCAGGGUCAUUCUGGAGUAUCUGGAUCACAAGCUGAAAGGUGCCCAGAACAAGUUUGCCAAAUUCCUGCUCUCUUGCCUGAAGUGCUGCUUCUGGUGCCUGGAGAAAUGUAUCAAGUUUCUAAACAGAAAUGCUUAUAUCAUGAUUGCCAUCUAUGGCAAAAGCUUCUGUACCUCAGCUCGAGAUGCCUUCUUCCUCCUCAUGAGGAACAUUAUCAGGGUGGCUGUUUUAGACAAAGUGACAGACUUCCUGCUGUUCCUUGGAAAGCUCCUCAUUGUUGGAAUUGUUGGAAUCUGCUCUUUCUUCUUCUUCUCUGGAAGGAUCAAAGCAGUAGAGGAGGCAGCUCCAUCUCUCAACUACUACUGGGUUCCCAUUCUGACGGUGGUUGUGGGAUCUUACCUCAUCGCCCAUGGGUUCUUCAGUGUGUAUGCCAUGUGUGUGGACACACUUUUCCUCUGCUUCUGUGAGGACUUGGAAAGAAACGACGGCUCAUCUGAAAGGCCUUACUUCAUGUCCCCGGAGCUGCAUGAGAUCCUCUCUAAAGCACAGAGGGUGGAGGAAGAACGGGAUGGUGUUGAGCAGGUAGAUUCUGCAAAGCAGAUGGACGAGGUGAAGGUGGAGGAGGAAACUCUGCUUCAGCAGCAAGACGGAGAGAUCCAACUAAAGCAGCAGCAGGUGCUACAAAUGGCCGAGGAGGAGAAACCUCUGCAGGCUCAGCCAGGUGAUGAGGAGCCACAGGAGGAGACAACAGAGGAGAAAGCAGCAGAAGACAGUCAAGUGGAGGUGGCUGAAAAGAAAGAACCAGAAGUGACAGAACCAGCAGAGGAGCAGGAGGUGAAGGAGGAGGCCAAAACGGAGGAGGUGGUGUCUCCACCUGUCGAGGCUGAGAAAGAGGAGACAGGCGAAAAGAAAGAAGAGAAGGAGGAAUCUAAAGAAGAGGAUCCGUCUUCUGCACCACAGGAGUAGAAGUUAAUAUCAUUGGCAUAAAAGAUGGCAAAAAAAUGUGAGGCUUGGUAAACCUCCUAAACAUGAAAUGUGCGCGUGCUGAAUGGAGCAACUGUACCUAACACCUUUGUGACAUGGACCUGUUAAAUGUAGGCUAUACAGCGAGCUAAAAUGCAGAUUGCCUUACUGUGUCAUUGGUAUGCGACCUCGAGUCUUGCUCUUUCCAGAGGUCACCGUAUGAGGGUUGAAGCAGGUCAAAAGCCCAGUGCAUCUCUGUAGCUUGAAAAUGUUCCGUUGUGUUGGUUUUAGACAGUGUUGGUUUUUAUAUUGUGAAGAUCUGUAGAAAAUUGUAAGUGCUGAACGUGUGCCUGAUUGCUGUCAUUAAUAUUUGAAGUCUUAAUGCUGUUAAUGAAUGCACUACAGAACCACUAAAUACCAUGUUUACAGUCUAAGCAACACUUCUCAAUCAAUGGUGAAUCUCUUUUCACUGUUUACAAUAAUACCAGCUGACGCCAAAAUGGUUCCAAACAUUUGAUAUACUGUAUGAAUAUUAGAUUUUUUUUUUCUCCUAUGGAACUAAUAUGUAUAUACAGCAUUGUAUGUCUAUAAUGUAUUUAUUUUGCUUCAGUCUUGUAGAGAGCCCCACCAAGAUCACUCACUUGGAUGUGAUCCCAUGUAUUGUAUUGCCACCUACUUGCCUUGGUAUUUCAGACUGGCAUAAGUGCUGUGAUUGUGUUGCCAUGACGCAACCGUCUUGACCUCUCAGACUCUGCGAACCCUACAGUUGUGUACUGACCCCACAUGCCUUGCUCUCUCCUCUCCUCUCCCUUCGGUCCGUCCCUUUCCCCUCUUCCUUUUUCAGUGCUGCAUGGUGUUAACAUGGCCUACUGAGUGCUUUGCGACUAACAUUUUACAUCUUUGGAUGCUUUUGUACCUUUUCUCGUUUGUCACGUUGUGAACGUUGUAAGUAGAUUUUCCACUGACACUGAUGACAUUCCAUGUUCAUUGGAUGUAGUUCUUGAUUAAAGGUAAUCGUAUUUAAUUGCAGUAGUUCUGUUAUGUGUAAAUGCGCGAAUCAUGUCCUAUUUGGCAUUUUGGAGAAAGGAAAAAGGUAAGUGUUCAUGUCCAGCAAAAUCAGCUUCAAGUUUUAAUUUGGUUUAAUUUCUAAUGAGCUAAAAGACAAAACAUUUCUAGAUAGAUACUCAAGACAAG